AUGUCUGCUUCAAGAAAGAGAUCGGAUAACGUAGCUACCAGCAAUACGCUGCAUUCGUUCUUUGCCAAACCUGGAAAGAGCUCGCCUGCUGUACCGCGCCUGCGGCCCGCGUCUAGCAGACCGAACGCAUCCCCGAAGAAGGCCAAGUCCUUUCCACCGCCCAAUACGGAAGUCAUAGUAAUUGACUCCGACGAAGAGGUCGAAUUGACUGCUCCUGGACCCAGCAAGGGGAAGCGGAAGUCGUCAACAUUUGCUGAACCUGGGAGCAGCGACAUCGAAGUCCUUGACCCACCAUCCGUCCCGAGCCCCAAAAAGCUUAGGAGGGACAUCGAUCCAACUGUGAAGUGCGAGGAGCUGGGCGAGAAUACGGGGCUGUUAGCGUCUGCGUCCCACUCGCGCCCUACUUGCGCUCUCACAAAGUCGGACACCUCCUCAACCUCUCCUCUUCAUUCUACACCCUCCAUGAGCCCUACUGCAUCCAUGGCAACUUCGGCCUCGUUCCCUGGUCGCUCAUAUUCUGCAUCGCCCACGAAGACUCCGGCCCUGCAACCAGUCGAACAUGUCUUGAAUCAAGCAGAGGACGUGAUUGAGAUUGACGACGAAUGGGGCAUGGGCGACGAUGAAUUGAUGGAUGCGGACGAAGACAUAGAGAAUGUCCCAUUCGCCAACUCACUAGAGUCUUGCCCUGAGUGUGGAUGCAAACUGAAAGGCUGGCCCUCCUUGAAGAUUCAAUCUCACGUCGACACUUGUGGCGGUUCACGCUCUGGCUCUGUCACUCCACGCAUACCAACACCAGCUCCUGCUGGCAGGAGCGGCGCGAAUGUCUUCAACGUGCUCAUGUCCUCACAUAAUGAGAACGAGGCUUGGAAGGAGGCUCAGGUGGCAGAGGAUCGCACAUUCCGCGCAACGAAGUCCUCCCGCCGUAAGGCCCCCUUUUAUAAGGUCAUGACUGGAAUGCCCAUUGCUGUUGACGCCUUCCGAUAUGGGGCCAUACCUGGAGUGAAUGCGUACUUCUUGACUCACGCUCAUUCUGACCACUACACAAAUCUCUCGUCGAGUUGGAAAGCUGGCCCGAUUUAUUGCUCAGAGGGCACCGCCAACCUUAUCAUCCACAUGCUUUCAGUCGAUCGUAAAUGGGUACACCCUCUACCCAUGGAUGCACCGACUGUCAUACCUGACACUGGUGGCGUCACAGUUACUCUCAUAGAAGCUAAUCACUGUCCUGGGUCGUCUUUGUUCUUCUUUGAAGGCAAACAAACGGUAGACGCCGGAGACAGCUCAAUCAAAUCGCCUUUUGUUGGGACUGGGCGUACGUUCCGAUACCUACAUUGUGGGGACUUCCGUGCAUCACCACAGCACGUUCUACACCCUGCCGUCAAGGGCAGGAAGAUCGACACUAUCUAUCUGGAUACAACGUAUCUCAAUCCCAAAUACACCUUCCCUUCACAGACACAAGUCAUAUCCGCUUGCGCUGAAUUAGCUCAGAAGCUUGUUGCUGGCGAACAUGUGUCGCUCACUGGCGGCGAGACAGGCACUGCCAGGACCGUGGACACCUUCUUCUCUGCCGUUACCAAGACGGAAGAAAAGCCGGCCAAGAUUCUGAAGACGCUCGUCGUCGUCGGAACAUAUUCCAUCGGCAAAGAGCGUGUUGUGAAGGCCGUUGCCAAGGCUCUGAAUACGAAGGUAUACUGCGACUCGCGCAAGGCUGCUAUCUUGCGAUGUCAACAGGAUCCAGAACUUCACGCAAUGCUUACGAAGGACCCAUACUCUGCUGGCGUGCACCUUGUACCGCUCAGCGUGAUCACCUCGGACCGGAUCAAAGAAUACAUGGACCGAUGGAAGAGCCACUGGGAUAAGAUCAUCGGGUUUAGGCCAACCGGCUGGACAUACACUCCGCCGGUUGGGAAUGAAACCCUUCCUAGUGUGGCCAGUGUGGUGGCAAAGCAGCCGCAUCGCGAGUUCGGCCCGACACACCUGCGACCAAUGCGGAACUCUACGUCAACCCACAAACUAUUUGGUGUUCCCUAUAGCGAGCAUAGCUCUUUCUAUGAGCUCACUUGCUUUUCGCUCUCUCUUGACUGGUCGCGGAUCAUCGCCACCGUGAACGUCGGGAGUGAGUCGAGUCGCGGCAAGAUCGCUGCAUGGGUGAAGAAGUGGGACGCGGAGCGGAAGAGGCGUGGCGGCGCCAUGGUGCCAUAUCGCUCUCUUGAGUACUGGUAG